GCGGGCAUUUCGGAAGUGGCACGCGAGACAGACUGCAAUACAUCAAACGGGUUCUUCUGAACUUCUGUUUUUCAAGGAUAAGGGAAUAUCUCUGAAGUGAGAGCCAAGUUGACAUAAGCAGCCAUGCUGGAUGGGGCUCAGUUUGUUGAGGCGUUGUCACGGUUGGGUUACCCACGGGCGUCUGUGCUGAAAGGUUCUGAGUUUGACUGGUUAUUUGAAACGGCACCAGAUAACCUACACCUUUUACGUGUUGUCUGCAACCGCCUGAACCGCAGCAAUGUUCUAACACCAGAAGAAUUGCUAGCAUACAAGGCACUCCAGGAGUCUGGUAAGCCCAUCUUGGAUGAGGCGACACUGGGUGAGCUGCUUAAAACCUGUUUGCCUGUGGAUGGAGGUGUAGUGUCACGGAGCAGUUCUGCACUGGGUGGAGAGGGAAAUGUAACAAUCAAGGAUCUUGAGACAGAACUACAAGCUCUCCGCAAGGAGAAGCAGCUAAAACAACGCAGACUCAGUAAGCUGCAGAUGCUAGCUACCAACUGGGGUGCAAACUCCUCGGCACCCCAAGCACUGCUGCAGGAAGGAGGGAAUAUAGUAAAAGAUGCCAACUCUGCCUUGGCAGCCGAAAAUGCAUACACCAACUCAACUGUGGAGAACCUGUCAAAGGAGACGACCAAACUGGCUGGCUUUUUCCAAACUGACACUUAUUCCAUAAGGAGUGAAGAUGGAGCUGCUCCACAAUUAGUUCCUCAACCAAGGACCCCAGUGCUCCUCUCCCAGUUGUCUCUAGAGCCUUUCCUCCAGCAACAGGAGCAGUUCACCAAAGUGUUGACUUCCUACACUCAGCGUCAGUUCUUUCAGGGCAUCUCAGACAUGAUGGAGACCUCCCCAUCCAAUCACUGCCAACUGACCAAUCUGAGCUGUUGCAGUGAGAAUGAGGAAGAGGAUGAGGGACUAGUGGAGCUCAGGAAGAAGGAGAUGGCACAACUGCAGUGGGCAUAUAUAGUGGCCCAAUACCAGCUGGUGAAAGAGAGGGCAAAGGAGCAUGGCGACAAGGCAGCAAAAGAGUGGCUCAUCCAGCGACUAAACAGCAGCACAGAGUCUCUGUGCUACUCACAGGCAAGCAGGCUUGAGCCUGAUCUACACUCUGAGAUCCUCUAUAUUCAGUCUGAAAUUCAGUCCCUUAUGUUAGACCCAGUCCGCUCCGUGUUACGAGACUGUGCCCGCCUCCUUAAUAUCCCUGUGGUGCGUGGUGACCUCGCUCUUCAGUUAGCCAGGCAAAAUUACUACACCUCCAGGCAGACUGAAGUUCGUGACCAGCUUCUCCGUCAAAAGGCCUUCUUCGAACUUGUGCGUCUGGCCCAGGAUGCAGAGCUCCUUAUGGGGAAGAGGGUGAUGAAGCAGCUUGAUGAAAUACUGAAGAGGCUGGAAGGGGCAGCAGAAGUUGCUGCUCAGAGAGAAAACAUUCUGACACAGCCUCACUUGACUCAAGUCCCUUACCUUGGUUCUAAUGCUAAACAACAGGUCAUCACCUCCAAGGACACAGCCUUUAGCAGGUUGCUGCAGAUGCUUGAGUUGGGUAAGGCCCCCACGGAGAAAGAGGAUCCAUUCCAAACCUACAGUAGGCUGGAAACAGCAACCUUUAAACUACAGGAGGAUUUGGUCACUGUACAAGAGGCUUUGGAUGGGGCCAGACGAGAGCAAGCCUAUACUGGAGCUCGGUUAGAAAGUGACCGAGAUGCACUCGACCAAGUGGCGUACUCGGACAUUGUGCAGCCUCUUCUGAGGCCGCAGGUAUGUGCUAUAGCCACACCUGCACUGGAGUUCUGCCCUCAUGCACAGGAGCUCACAAUAGUUCUUGAUGAGUUGGAGGUCAAGCAGAAGGCAUUGUACACGUCUCUACAGGACAUAGUUGGGGACUUGAAGUCCAAACGAGGGAGGCUUGAACGCAGUGCCGCCCUGAGGAGACAGAGGGAACUGUAUGUUUAUUUCCAUCUGGACCCAAGACUGCUCAGCAGAGCAGUGAGAGAUAUAGAGGCUCAAGCAGGGGUUAUGUAGAAUCAGAACGUAGACUUUGUCUACUCCUUUGUCUACUCCUUUGUCUACUCAAGCCAACAAUACAGGAGUCCCUGCUUUAAAAAAAAAGUAUGUUAUAUGCAGAUAAGAACACAGACUAUUGUUGCUUCUGUUAUGGAGCUCCGUAGAUCUGAUAUACAAAUUUUUUUUAUUCUUUAUUUCUGAUAUCUGCUAAAAGUUAAUGUUCUUUAGGUAUGACAAAUUUGUAUUUAGUACGUACAGUUUCACAUCAAUUUGCAUUUUUAACAAAUGUACUGCACCUUGUAUAUAUCAUGUUUCUUAUAGUUUGUGGAUG